AGGCAAACGCCCCGGAGAUGGCAUCACGCACAGUCGUCAUAACGUAUCCAUCGGUUAUUACCAGCUGGUAAUACCGGAGCAGCGACUCGUCAAUAGGAAAAGCAGGACACGGACACAGACGGAAGGAGACAGACAGUAGAGGGGCUGGUAGGCGUAUCGCCUCCCGGGACAAACCGACGCACUGUGUGAAAGUGACUGCAGGAGGGACGUAGAGGCUCACCGGCGGAUCAGAGUGCUUUGUAACGGCCAGGAGGGGAGAAAGGACAGGAAUGAUUUGAUGCUGGUUUCCUAGCGGGAUUUAUCAUAUAGACAGCCUGCACUUUUCUCCGGAGCUUCUCCGUGGAUAGACCGACACGAGAAGAACAGAUAGAUAGGUCAAGACAAAGUCACUUCUGUGGCUGGAGAGGAGGGGACGCCCGUUUACCAAGCCUCUCUGAUUCUGCAGUUUAUUUUUUAACCAGUUGUUGUCAAAUUGACCAUGUUCUUACCUUGAGACGGAUACACAGCAACCAGAAAGGAUUACUGUCCUACAGCAGAGUUUAAACAUGUUGAGAUGGGAAUGAGCCAAAUGUGUUGGUGCAGGAAUGACAGCUGCUGAAUGGGGACCAGAGAGCAUCUGUAGGGGAGUUUACACCGGCUGAGUAGCCCAAAACGAAGACCGUGCCCGGUUUCACCGUGUAGCCUGAGACGUUUCCUUACUAUACACACUCAGUGCUUUUUCUCUAUUCAGGACACACGUUCCCAGAUAUAUUAACCUCCGACGGCUGUGCGUUUUUCUUCACAUCACCGAUUAACGGAGUCUUAAUGGAAACGCUGAGAGCUCACAUAGGGACCAAAUGAGUGCGCAACGCGGCUGUGCGCCGGUUUAACGGCGUUUUACCACGCUUACAGUACCGUCCCAGGGUUCAGUGGUGGACACCGGAUUGCUGUAGGUUAUCAGCUGCCACCGGUCGUGUACCUGCAUCGGGCUUUUAAGGCAAACUCCAAAGGAACUAAAUUGAAACGCCUCGCGUGCCCCAUCACCUCUCAAGGAUCCCUGCAGGGCGACCAGCGUUGCGCGGUAGACAACCAAAAUAAAAGUGGAUAUCAUUACUUAUUUGGUUCGUAACUUAUCUGUCCAGGAGGAGGAUGAUUUAACAUAUUAUUUGCUCCAGAGCUCUUCAUCUGGCUUUACAAGAGAAGGGGAGAACGGAGGAGAAACCGCCUGUACUUAACCGGCGAGGAGGAGAGAGAGGCACGCAGGUCUUUGGAUCUAUAUCCCCGGGCCAUCUUUUCAGUGCAUCUACCAGUCACAACCAUGUAUCUUCAUGUUGAGUCCUAAUAAAUCACAGCAGACCACAUAGAGUUGCCCUGCUCCCAGUGGAGGAUAAUGGAACGGCUGUGGUUCUCUUUGCUGUUGCUGGCAGCAGCAUGCAGGGGACAGCCGUGUCCGAAACGCUGUAUGUGCCAGAGCCUUUCUCCAUCGCUCGCUAUCCUCUGCUCCAAGACAGGCCUGCUGUUUGUUCCGGCUGCUAUUGACCGGCGCACCGUGGAGCUACGGCUCCAAGAAAACUUUAUUACAGCUGUCCGAAGAAAGGACUUUGCCAACAUGACCAGCCUGCUACAUCUGACCCUGUCGAGAAACACCAUCAGUCAGAUCCUCCCUUCAGCUUUCAGUGACUUGCGACGACUGAGAGCACUCCAUCUAGACUCUAACAGAUUAACUGUUAUCAAGGAUGACCAUUUCAAAGGCCUGACCAACCUCCGUCACCUGAUCCUCGCCAGCAACCAGAUUCACUCCAUAUCUGCUCAUGCCUUUGAUGACUUCCUGUCCACACUGGAGGAUCUCGACCUCAGCUACAAUAAUCUUGCCGAGACACCUUGGGACAUGAUCGGGCGCCUCACCAAUGUCAAUACCCUAAAUAUGGAUCACAACCUCAUAGAACAUGUUCCCCAAGGUGUAUUCACAAACCUACACAAGCUAGCCAGGCUAGACAUGACAUCCAACAAGCUGAAGAAAAUCCCCCCGGACCCUUUGUUCCUGAGAAUUCCAGUUUAUGCUAAGUCCAAAGGCUCCCCCCUCACCUCCCUGGUGUUAAGUUUUGGUGGCAAUCCCCUUCACUGUAACUGUGAACUUCUGUGGUUGAGAAGACUGACCAGAGAAGACGACCUUGAGACAUGCGCUUCUCCCCCUGACCUCAGUGCCAAGUACUUCUGGACCAUUCCUGAAGAGGAGUUUAUUUGUGACCCACCAGUUUUGACCCGUAAGUCGCCACAUACAGUGUCUAUGGAAGGCCAACAUGCAAGUUUAAAGUGCAAAGCGAAUGGUGAUCCAGAGCCUGAAGUUCACUGGAUCAGCCCUGAAGGGCGACUCAUAUCUAAUGGCACCAGAACGUUGGUUUUCCCUAAUGGAAGCCUGGAGAUUAAUGUAACAGUCCUAAAGGAUUCAGGUAACUUCACCUGCAUUGCCUCAAACGCAGCAGGUGAAUCAACGGGCAGGGUGGAGCUUGUUGUGACGGCAGUGCCCCAUCUGGCAAACAGCACGAGCCGCAGUCGCGACCCUUCCUCUGAACCGGCCCCGUCUGACAUCCUAACCUCCUCUAAGGUUGCCCUGCCUAACAACGAGACACGAGGGGCCGACCGGAGGGUCUCAUUGGUGGAACUGACAGGAAACUCUGCCCUCAUUAGAUGGAGCAGUCAGAUGCCUACAACUGGAGUCAGGAUGUUCCAGGUCCAGUACAACAGCUCUGGAGAUGACACACUUGUUUACAGGAUGAUUCCGUCCAGCAGCAACGACUUCCUGGUUCGGGACCUCGCCCCCGGACGCAACUACGAUCUCUGUGUCCUGUCCGUGUUUGAGGAUGUCGUCACAUCACUGACUGCAACACGUCCUUUGGGCUGUCUUUCGUUCACCACGGACACAGAGUUCAGCCAGUGCCAAGCAUUGCACAGCCACUUCCUGGGUGGCACUAUGAUCAUCAUCAUUGGAGGGAUUAUUGUUGCAUCUGUGCUGGUUUUUAUUAUCAUCUUAAUGAUAAGAUACAAGGUUUACAGCAACCAAGGGGCAGGCCCCGGAAAAGCAGCCAUUGCAGCGACUGCGCCAAGACCUCAGAGCAAUGGUCAAGGAGGAGGCGCACAGGUCCAAGUCCUCCCUCACUCUGCCUCAAAAAUACCUGACAGUCAGGACGACCAAGCGAUGGCGCCCUCCAGGGCCAUGUCGCCUAGCAACACUCUUAGAGACACUGUGGCAUUGGUCGAGGAGGCGAGCUGUGGACGGGGCAUAAUGACAAGGACUGACUCUUUGGCCAAUGAUGAGUUGCUCUCGCCCACCAAGUCCCGCUUCUCCUCCAGGGUCGCCAUUGAGAUGAAAAGCAGGCCGCCAUCUGUCGCCAAAGAGCCCACCUCCCCCAAGGAACCUGCAGCAGCAGACGACAGGCGGCCUCAUAGUGUCGUAUGGAGAGACUUUAAGAUCUGAAGGUCUCUCGGUCUCACAAAGAGAGUGCACCAACACUACAAAAAAAGAAACCCUGAUGAUGUUGUUCUGAGUGGCAGAAUUGGAGAGAAGCUGGUGAAAACACAAGAAAAAAAAAGGCCCUAUAGCCCCCCUCCCGUAUCACCUGUUUACUGUGCCCUUUGUUUCCAUAAGUACCAUGGGGUCAGACCUGUACUGUCUGGUUUACUUUUUGCUGAUUUUGGUUCUCAUGUCUGGAUUGGACGAUCGUAUCAAGGCCCGCUGUCUGUUUGCCUGCUGAUUGGCCUCUUGCUACCGGAUCCGGCUGACAGUGUGAUCAUCAUUAAUCCGUUUUUAAUGUAACGGCACGCACUGAAUGCUGAAUUUUCCACUUGAAUCAUUUGUAUCAGUGUGAAAGUGGAUACAAUGGGCGUAGAUAAUUUAAAAAGAAAACGAAAAAAAAAGACUUGACAUGAUUAUGGACGGAAACUAUGAAUUAACUUCUCCCCAUCUGGAGCAGCAUCAACAGACACCCAACAGAUGGUAAAAACAGACUGAGAAUAUAUGGCUAAACAGUCAAAGUUGGAUGCAUAGAUAAUCGCACACAACCUGGAUAUACAAUAUGUUAGACUGCACAAACAGAACGCAAUUAAUAUCACACAAAUGGAUAAAUGGAUCCUGUUUUGGAUAUGGACAUUAAAACAAUAUCAGCGCACUCUUUCUGCACAUAAGGAACUCUCAACAUGGCUGGCUGUAGAUGGCUCAACUUUUGUAUUCCAUGUGAAAUAAUGGAAUAAUGAAAACUGAACUGUGCUGGGCUGAUCCGAACUACACUGAACUGGAGCUGGAUUUGAACCUUGACUAAAUCCUGUUAUCAAUCAGAAGUCUGUUUCUGGAAAUCAGUAUAUAACAAAAACCUGAACUGAAGUGGACCCAGAUCUAGAAAUGUACACUGGUUAAGGAUUUGGACUGUGCAUUGAUCUGCAGCAGAAAAAAACUUGACUAGACUGGCCUGUUAUCUAUUAGUCUAGUCUGUGUAUUCUACUGCUCUGUUCUAAUAUCUGCCACUAUCCACUGGAAGUGACAGAUGAGGACCUUGACCAGCCUUUCUAACGUCUCUCCAGGCCCAUUUACACAGACCCAGUGAUCAGGAGGAAAGCCACAUGUCUGAAGUCAAAACAGAAACGGAUGAACAGAUAAGAGAUCAAAAUAAUAAAGUAGCGGGGGAAUCAGUCAGACAAAUUGUGUGAAUUUCUGAUUUCAUCAUCAUUAAACUUCAUCGUCAAUAAAUACGUUUACAGAUCCAGAGUAGGUUUCAUUUGGUUUAGCUGGUCCGGUCUACAAGCUUAAACCAGUUUGAUUUGAUGCCAACUGGACGAGCCUGCAUUUGCAUUAUGACAUGUUCUGGCAAAUUCAUAAAUAAGCCACGGCGCUUCAUCAGCGCCACAGUGUAAAUCCAAUUUGCAUUAGUAAUAAGCAAUAUGAAAGUGUGAUUAAAAUAAUAUUGUGUAUGUUUGACAAAGAGUCAAAUUAACUGCAUAGCUGAGAAAGUCUGCAACAAGAAGGAGAUCAAAUUGUAGUUUCAUUAGGGGUUGGAGGAGUAAUUAGGAGCCGCUGAGUAAAGUGGAACGCCCAUUAGAAAUAACAAUCAAUCUGUUCAGUGAUUGGCUUAAUAUCAAACCGGUUUGAAUUUGUUUUAUACCGGGCUAUGCCUAGUCUAGAGAUCUAAAUUGAAAAUCGAAUCAGCCUACUUUAUCAAGAAGAAAAAUGCUGUAUGACUGUAUAUGAACUGCAUUGUUAACAUCAUGGUAGGCUAGUAGUCAUCCAGGGCUUCUGCACAUCUUCAUAAUCACAAUCCUCUUCAUCACCAUGGAGCGCGGCUACGUGCACAGCAUGACGCAUAACACAUCUCACUUCAUGUUAUUUUGGAAAGAGUGACAUCUUUGUAUGUGUCUGACGAAUCCUUUCAUGAUAAUCAUCAGAACAAAACAUGUGCUCUAUAAUAGCAUCUCUGUCAUGAUUGCCAUGCUUUGGCUCUGACAUCACGCUGGUUAUUGUUAAUGGGGUCUGUGGUACACAGAUGCCAUCUCAGAUAUGUGUUUUUCCAGAUGUGUGUGCACAGGUUGUUAUUAUUCUCAUCAUGAUUGUUACAGUUCCUUGCAGAGAUGUAAGUUGGUAGAAGAGCCAAUAGACAGAGAACCUCGAAAACCGUUUGACCCAUCUCAGAAGACACAUCCCAAAAAAAGCAGAUUAAAAAAUAAAACGUCUUCACUUUUCUCCCUUCUGUGCUCUCCUCACUUUUUCUUUGGGCUUUACCUUUUGUAUGUGUACAUAAAGCAAUUUCAAAUCUUA